AUGGCCGCAAAUAACAACACAACGAAUGUGCUUUGCAAACUGUGCGGACUUGCCUACACUUUACCGGAUGAUGAAGUUUCGGGUAAUCUGCCCCAUGUGCUGCUGUGUGGCCAUAUCUACUGUUCCGCCUGCCUGGAGUCCCUCGAAUUCGCCAAGGUCAUCCUUUGUCCUGAGUGCAAGGUGGAAUCUACCCUUUCUGAGGGUGGUGUGUACGGGCUACAGGAGGACAGCAGAAUCAUUGGCCUCAUCUACAUGGCCAAGAUGAAAAGAGAUGAGACGCCGCAAAGAGGUCUGCUCUUAGGAGAGAAUGUGGUGUUGUCUCUGGUGGCUCCCUGCCUGGAGAAGGGUAGGAACAUCACUACAGACAAUUUCUUCAUGUCUCUUGAGGCUGGCCAGCAUCUUACAGAAAAAGAAGACCAGCCUCGUUGGCACCCAGGGGAAAAGGAAGCAUGGGCCGAAGUCAAAGUCUUGUCACGUACUACAAUAACACCCAAGUAUGGCGUGGACAUCUUGCAUCAGAUGGUACACAUGUACUCGGUGAAAAGUGGUACGUGCAGAUGGCCAGUACCAGUGUUCUACAACAUCUUGGCCCUGGCUGGGAUCAAUGUCCACAUCCUCUACAAGGAGUGCACUGAUGCCAACAUAACCCAGAGGAACUUCCUGCUUCUGCUGGGAGAGGAAUUCGAGAGCAGAGUUUAUGAAGGGGAAGUUUGCCCAAGGUCCCAGUCAGCAGCUGAAGAUCACAGCACCGCAGCAGACAUCAACACGGAGGCAGUGCCAGGUGUAGACAUUAUGGAGAGUGCAAUAGAUGAGGCCCUGGCACAGGCUGCAGAGAAUCUUGCCCAGCUAGAGCACAUCCAACAGUCUGCAGACGUAGACAAUAUGGAGAGUGGAGUUGAUGAGGACCAGGCUGCAAAGAAUCUUGCCCAGCUAGAGCACAUCCAACAGUCUGCAGACGUAGACAGUAUGGAGAGUGCAGUAGAUGAGGCCCUUGCACAGGCUGCAGAGAAUCUUGCCCAGCUAGAGCACAUCCAACAGACUUUGCUGAAGGGUUUGGAGGCUCAAGUUAACAGAGAGAAGUCACGGCUGUUGAUGGAGCUGAGCAGCGCUGUGGACAGGGCCACACAAAUCCUUCAUAAGAGGAGGGAGGCGCUGUUGAGUGUGGUCACAAACAUAGAGGUGCAUUUCUCCUUUAGCCAAAUGGAGGUGUUCCGCAUCCAGAAGAGGAUGAAGGACCUAGAGAUCGCCAUGCAGAAAGCCAGGCAGCUGCGUUGCUUCCCAUCCCUGGAGCGCUAUUGCAACCUAGAUGAGCUGCUGGAGACUUUAAAGACUCCUCUGGAUAACCUAUCGUUCGAUAUGAGCUGUGUCACUCUGGGCUCUGGACUGAGUUUGUCAGAAGAGCCUCCUCCUGGACUCCAGCACCAGGAGCCCUUCUUGCAUGGCAGGACACGUCCUGGUCAGGUCAGGAGGGGCAGCAGCACCUUGCCUUGUCACAAAAAAGCCUCCAUCCCUCAACAGCAGGACCAAGACAGCCAACGUUGGCAAAUCUCCCCCCAAAGACCAUUUCCCAGUUCCAGCCUCACUCACCAAGCUACUGCCCCAGAGCUGGAAGCACCAGACGUCAUUAUCGAAGAGGUUAUCCAGGAGGAGCAAGAGCAAGCUUUCCCAUUUACUGGUCCACAGUUGGCCAGUGGUAGGAGGUUCAAGAGGAGAAAGAACAUUGACACCCCAAUCACAAAGGAAAAAGAUUUCACCCCUAGACUCCCUUUACACCUCUCUUCCUCCCUUAUCCUUCAACCUUUAAUCCCAGUCAGUGAGUUGGUCCUGGUUACUCAUGUAGUGAACCCCAGUCACUUCUAUAUCCAUUAUGUGGCUGGAAAGAGAGAGGGCAUGAAGCUGUUCAAGAAGAUCAACCACCUCUGCUCUGGAGAUGGGAGCCGCUUCUCCCUUGAUGACACAUUGGAGACUGGCUCCAUGGUCUUAGUUAAGAAGGAGGAGGAGUGGUGGUGCAGGGCCUCUGUGACAGAACUGUUCCAGAAGGGCUGCCAGGAGGCGGUGGCUGUCUGCCCCAUCUCUCUGCUGGCCUACUGCCAUGUCUUCUUCCUCGACUAUGGCUUCACCUGGAGCAUCAUACCCCAGAGCAAAGAAGAGACUACAGAAUCUUUAAUGGAGGGUGUGAACGAACGUCUCAGGAAGGCAGAGUUGUCUGAACUUAGGUGCAUUGCUCCUCAGGCCAUCAAAUGCUGCCUAAAGGACAUAGUCCCUGCUAAUCAGACCACUGGCUGGGAUAAGAAGGCACAAAUUGAAUUCCGUCAUGUGAUUGGCUCUUCGGCGGUGGAGAUGCAGGUCCUUGGGCAGGAGAAAGACUACCUGCUGGUAGAUCUAAAGAAGGCCCUUAUGGAUUGUGCCAGUAACAUGCCAGUCUCCAUCCGCGAGUACCUGGUUUUAAUUGAAGUGGCCCGGUUUUAUUCCCCGGUGAUAUGUGAUAGAAAGCCACUGCUUUUUUACCCUCCUGUCUACCCACUGGUCAACAUAGAGCUCAAUGCUGUGGUGACACAUAUCAACAGUCCCUCUGACUUCUACAUCCAACUGGUUGAUGACAUGGAGUUCAUGCUGCUGACAGAAAAGAUGCAGGACUAUUACAGCUCAGCCUCAGCAGACAUGGAUGAUGAUAAUCUCCGGCUGUACCACCCCACCCUAGAACAGGCCUGUGUGGCUCCUUUUGAUAAGGCCUGGUACAGAGCCAUGAUCACAAGUUUUCCAGGGGUCAGAAAAGUAGAGGUUCAGUAUAUGGACUUUGGCAACAAGCAGAUCCUGUCCUUCCGUGACCUGAGGAAGAUCAAGGAUGAAUUCUUUGACCUCCCUGCUAAGGCCAUUCGGUGCUGCCUAUCAGAUUUGUCUCUGCAGCAAGGAGAAACCUGGAGUGAUUCCUGCACCGACCGAUUUAUCAGCCUAGCUCACCAAAAACUGGUCAUUGUUGUUGCCACAGAGAUGGUACCGAAGACCGUGCCCCAGCCUGUCAGGCUGUAUGAGAGCAGCUUCGAUGGGCCAAUGAACAACAUUGCUGACCUGUUGGUCACAGAGAAACUUGACUGCUUCGAAGAGAGGAAUGCCAUGCCCCCCAUCGAGGAACCACCUGUCUGGGACCCUCCGUUCGAGAACCUUUUUUUGACCGCCAAUGGGGAGUGUUUCACAGACGAUAGUGCAUCAGGCCCAUCACCCCCCAUGGACCAGGGUGCGGAGCUCAUGGAGUUUCAGCCCAAGCUGUGGCUCCCUGCCUCCCUUAACAAGCUGCAGGUUCAGGUCACCCACGUCAAUUCACCCAGCAGUUUUUUUGUACAGCUCAUCCAGAAUGACCACCAACUCAAAAGGAUUUGGGAGCUGUUGAAGCAGGAAUAUGGGACUACAAAGCCUCAGAAGAUAGAGUGGGAGGCAGACAUGCCCUGUGCUGCCCUCAUUAAUGGGGUCUGGGAGAGAGGCCAGAUCUGCACCAAUGACACAUCAAACAACAUCGCUGAGGUGGUGCGUUAUGAUUUUGGCAGCAAGGCAAAGCUUCAUAUCAGCAACUUAAGGCCACUUCAGCCAACCCUGGUGGGCUCUCUGGCCCUGGAGUGUACCCUCAGCGACAUCAGACCUGCAGGAGGUUGCUCCACUUGGACAGCCACAGCCUGUGACUUCAUCUCUUCCCAUCUGACAGGAGCCUCUGCUGUCAUGUCAAUCAAGGAGCCAACAGAUAUGGGUCCCAUUCCUGUCAGUCUGAUCUGUUCUAACAGGGCUGGGCAGGAUGUCAGCAUGGCAGACUUGCUGGUCAACGAGGGCCUUGCGCUCAAGCAGAGGAAACCAAGAGAGACUGCUCUGCCGAAACCAGAGAAAAUUGUCAAGGAGUCCCAACCAGACGGGAGUGAAAAAGAUGGCACUGAAACAGAUGGCAAACACACCCCUCCUGAUCCCCCUCUACCUACUCCCCCUCCUGUUGCCCCUUCUGCUACCCCUCCCACUGCCUCUCUUGCGUCCCCUCUUGUUGCCCCUGCUGCUGACUGUCCUGCUUCUUCUUCACUCCCCAUCCCAUCUGUCUUUGACUCCAACCUUCUCUCUGCUCCAGAGUCGGCCCACUGCGCUCACCUGUCUACUGAGAAGGUGAGGACUCAAUUUUACCCUCCCCCGGCGCUUCCCUGCCAUGGUCUGCAGCAGAUGACCAUCACUGCCAUUGGAGAUGACAGCCUCAUUUACGCCAGGACGCAUUAUGCAGGAUGUCAACUGGAGCAGCUGAAACAGCAAAUCAACUACGACAUGAAGACCUUCCUCAGACAGAAGCACUACACCUGGAAGUCUGUCCAAGGCUGUGCUGUCAAUGGAACUGAUAUGCUGUGGCACCGCGGGCAGGUGCUGGAGGUCCAUGGAGAACAGAUCAAGGUAUUUUAUGUGGACUAUGGCCUAGUAGAGAACAUUCCUGUGGCCCAUGCGUACCCCAUGCUGCUAUAUGAGGACGUGCCACAACUCUGUAUACCCUGCAAGCUACAAGGAGUCAUUCCGGUGGGCAAUGUGUGGCAGCAAGAUGCAGUGGAUCUGCUCAGAGAACUACUGCUUACCCGCUCUGUGGAUGUGGAGGUCUUGGAGCUACCCAAACACCCGAGAGGCUGUCUGACAGUUCAGAUUUAUUUGGAUGGAUUGACUCUCAGCAGGAUCCUCUGUCACCAGCAACAUGCCUUUGUGGACCCAACUGCUCCAGAACAGGAACACAGAGGGAUGUGUUCUGACCUCUUCCUGGAUGACUGGGAUAUUGACACUGAGGGUCUGAAGUUGCCAGACAGUCCCAGGCUGGGGACCUUCACCUACUCCGCACUGCCAGAGGAGGGCGAGCACUUCCCGGUCAGGGUUAAACACCUGUGGACCCCCAAUGAUUUGUUUCUGUGGGCUUUGGAUGGUUCUGCUGCUGCUGAGGUGAAGGUUGGUGGAGAGACUUUGGUGGAAGCUCUGGCCAGAGUUACUGCAAACAUAGACAGUCUGCCCCCGCUCUCCAAUUUCUAUUUUGAGGCUCCGUGUCUGGCAGAGUAUAUUGAUGGCAAGUACUACCGAGCCAAGGUGAUGGACUUUUCCAUCAGGGACCCUGUCUUGAUCAUAGUGCAGCAUGUGGACUUUGGCUCAAAUGACAGUCUUCCUAUUAGCAAGCUGCGUCAGAUGCCGGCAGAACUGCUGCUGUUCCCUGCCAAGGCUCUGAAGGUGCAUGCGGCAGGGUUCAAGGCUCCCAGGGAUCCUCCCAAGAAAUAUGUGUUGCCCUACUGCCCCCAGUGGAGCAUGAAGGCUGUGAAGCUCAUGUCUGAAUUACUGCACCAGAAUGUCACAGCCUUGGUUCUGACCAGAACACCGGAUCUGACUGUGGUGCUGUAUGAUGAGAAAGGAGACCUGCUUCACCUGCCUCUGGUAGCCAGCGGCCUGGCUGAAUUGGAUUGA